UGAACACUGUUCCUCAGUGUUCGUUGUGAAGUUGUGAAGUGAUAUAUUUCAUAUUUGGUGGAACAUCUCGUGAAUUGAUUGUGGGCGCAUGCGCAUUGCUCAUCUGUUGGCAGUGCUGUGAAUGAUGUACAACUUGGCACAGAGAUAAAGUGAAGGGAUAAGUGACUAUGCCACGUCAUUCUGACUUAUCCAUAUUGUUUGCCUUUUGAAAACCUGAUCAAGCAUUAUUUUUUUUAUUUUUGCUUUACUGCUAGAGAAUUACUUUUUCUCUCUCGCUAUUGAAAUAAUGGCUGAGGAAAGCAUGACUCUAUAAGGUUUAAGAAAUGCGUACGUGUAAGAUAACAGAUAGCUUCUUCUGAGAAUUCAAGCAGAUAAAGGUUACUACAAUCUGAGGUGCUACAAAGAUUGAGACAGAGUAUCUCAAGCACACCAGGUCGGUUAAGACGUUGACGACUAAACGUUAGAGCUCCUUGGAUAUCUGAUCUCACACUCGGCCCAACCAUGAAGUCAGAGAAGAAGGAAAAGAAGAACCGGAAGGUUGCCUCUCCUGAUCCACUUCCUCUGUAUCACCUCCUUCCUUUUGUUUUGUUCGUCGCCAUCUCCUUCAUAUGGUUCCUCCCUUACAAGCCAGCGUUAGCCACCAUGUCCGUCCAGCGGAUGGUGCUGAAAUGUCUGCCGAUCUUGUACUUGGCGAUCUACCUCAUAGUCUCAGAUCGAGGACGUGGGGAGUCUGGGAGAGUAUUUUUUGCUCUUAUAUUCUCUGCCAUUGGCGACGGGUUUUUGGCUUUCCACGACAUAUGUUUCCUUUAUGGAGUCGCAGCCUUUGGAAUAGCUCACUGUAUAUACGCGAAGACGUUCGGCUUCCAACCAGUGAAGCUUCUGACUGGCGGUUUCCUGUUCGCUUUGAACUUCUGCAUUUUGUCUUACUUUGCUUUGCCCUACAUCCAGCCAGUCUCCUUUAGAGUCUGCAUGACCAUCUAUAGCCUGGUCUUAGUGACGAUGGCCUGGAGAUCCGUGGAUAGGUACCUCUUCAUGACCUCACCUUGCAAGGAACGGCGCUUGUGCUCGGCAUUGGGAGGAAUCAUAUUCAUUAUUUCAGAUUCUUCCUAUGUCUUUUUGCAAAUGUUGGAGCUUCUGCCUCAUAUUCCUGCACAGAUAAUUAUUUUGACUACGUAUUACCUCUCACAACUUUUCUUCAUGCUUGGAUCCUGCGAAAGUUUCUGGGGCCCAGCCAGGAACUAUCCGAAAAAGAGAUCUUAAUUCAUUACAACAGAUUUCUGACGAUGAAUUGUUCUCCAGCUCUUAUAUCAUCUAUAUUCAUUACUGUUGUGGGUGAAAAAAUAAGGAAAAUU